AUGCUGCUAUGCCUCGUUUUUUGUCCCCCACUCGGGGAUGCGAUCUGGACAAGCCCAGUUUUCUUCGCCACUGCCGCAAAGGACGACGCGUUGGCGUUGGAUCUCUGGUCUGGCCUCCUGGAUUCGAUGGAGCAAAUGAUGUGCUGGACCUCAAAACCUGGAGAGUUGCGAGUUGGGUGCUCUACCAUUGAACUGCUCGCACCCAACUGCCACGACGGCCAAGUCCGACAACUCUCUCUCUCUCUCUCGCCCAUCACCGUGCACAUCCGCCCCAUGUGGAAACCACCCGCGCUCCUUGUCGUGGCUGCUCGCGGCACUGCGUCCGGCGCUCAAGCCGUGCCCGGCCCAGCACCCAUCGACGUCUCCGGCGCACACGCCUUCCACCCGCCCGUCCCAGGCGACUUCCGCGGCCCCUGUCCUGCGCUGAACGCCCUCGCGAACCACGGCUACAUCCCGCGCAGCGGCUAUGCCGGCGUGUCGCAGGCGAUCAGCGCGUCAUUCGACGUGUUCGGGAUGGGCCGCGAGAUCGCGGUCGCGUCGGGCCUCUGGGGAGUCAUAUAUAGAGGAGACCUAGCGGGGAUUCCCGACUUCCGGUUCUCGAUUGGGCAGCCGCCCGGAUUCGGUGGCCUGCGCGGGCUCGGAACGCCUGCGGGCCUCGAUGGGACGCACAACCAGUUUGAGCACGAUGCGUCCGCGACGCGGUGUGAUCUGUACGAGUGUUUCGAUGUCGCGAGCGUGAAUACCACCGCAUAUCUGGCCUUGGAGGCGGUUUUCGCUCGGAAUCCCGAUCGCCGUGGCUAUAUUGAUGCUGUUUUUGAGCAUCUGGAGGCUCGGAUCCAGCAUGGUAUCAAGAACAACCCCAAGUUCUUCUAUGGACCAGUCCAAGCCAUCUUCGCUGCGGCGCAACACCUGCUCAUCCCGCGACUGCUCUCGAACGGAACAACCGAGACGCUGACGAUCGACAAUCUUCGCUCCCUAUUCGGCAUUAUCCCGGAUGCGAGCGGAGCUCUCCAGCCGUCCCAGGGUGGAGAGCGGAUCCCGGAGACUUGGUAUCCCCGCGCGACACCGUACACCGCCGUUCCUCUUCUGCAGGCCCUCAUCGUCGGCUGGACGCGGCACCCCAACACGCUGUGCAUCGGCGGGAACACGAACGGGACGGACACAUUCGCGCCGCUGGAUCUGUGCGACCUCACGGGCGGUGUGUGCGACACGUCGCUGCUUCUGCAGGGCAGCAACGCCGCGUGUUUCCUCUUCCAGUUCGUGCAGCCGCUGAUUCCGGGGAACAUCAAUCUGUUGGAUGCUUUUUUGGCGGCGACGCUGGCGCAGAUCGCGGAUCUGCUGGGGCUGACGGUGUUGUCCCCAGCGUGUCCGGAGCUGGAGAAUAUCAAGUACGAGAUGUUGGAGAUGUAUCCUGGAUAUAGUUCCUGA